AUGAGGCGUGGGGCCAGCUUGCAAAGCCGACGCAGUAAGGGUUCUGGAUCCGGGAGCAGAGACCGCGACCCCCUCUCAAAAGGCAGCCCCCGUGCCCUGCGUCGGCGCUACACUCACGAUCCGCAGCUCCACACUGUCAGCCGCCCGCGCUCUUCCUCGGCCACUGAAACAGCGCCCAGUAGCCCUGCCCCUGGAUGCAUAGGGGGGGAAGUGGUACUGUCUUCGGGAUACCAGUCGACGGAUGAGACGGACAGGGUCGAGCGGUCGGAGGUGAGCACAUUGGGCCAGACUGCAUUUGCACUUGACCCUUCGUCUCCAGUGACAGAGGACGCUACUCCUGAUCCUCAGCGCACCAAGCAAGCAAUCGGCCAGCUUCAGCAGAAGAUUCUAAAGCUCACUGAGCAAAUUAAAAUCGAGCAGACGGCCCGUGACGACAAUGUUGCAGAGUACCUCAAACUGGCCAACAACGCGGACAAACAGCAAAGCGCACGCAUCAAGCAGGUUUUUGAGAAAAAGAACCAGAAGUCAGCACAGAGCAUCCAGCAGCUGCAAAGGAAACUGGAUCAUUAUCACCGAAAGCUCCGGGAAGUGGAGCACAACGGCAUCCCUCGGCAACCCAAGGACGUUCUUAGGGAUGUGCAGCAAGGCCUGAAGGAUGUCGGCGCCAAAGUGACAGGUUUCAGCGAGGGUGUUGUGGACAGUGUCAAGGGCGGACUGUCCAGCUUCUCCCAAGCCACACACUCGGCUGCCGGGGCCGUGGUUGCCAAACCAAGAGAGAUCGCCUCGCUGAUACGUAACAAGUUUGGCAGUGCUGACAACAUCCCCUCCCUCAAAGACUCGUUGGAUGACCCCUCAGGGGAAGAAGGAGCAGUGGGGGUUGUUGGGGCUCGUCCUCCAGGUGUCGCUAGCCAUCACCUCCGAUCCAGUCCGAAGUACGGGAGCGAGGAAGAUUGCUCGAGUGCCACGUCCGGCUCGGCAGGGGCUAACAGUACCGCGGGAGCACCCGGGGGUCCCCCUAGUUCUAAGGGGAACACUCUGGAGAGGACUCAAUCCUCGGGCCUCGACAUGCUACUGCAGGAGAUCCAGGAACUGAGGGAUGGCCAAGCCCGGCUUGAGGAGUGUCUAGAAGGCUUGAAAAGUCACUACCAGCGAGACUACACGCUGGUCAUGCAGGCUCUGCAGGAGGAGCGCUUCAGGUGUGAAAGGUUAGAGGAGCAGCUAAACGAUCUGACUGAACUUCAUCAGAAUGAGAUCCUCAACCUCAAGCAGGAGCUGGCCAGCAUGGAGGAAAAGAUUGCCUACCAGUCCUACGAGCGGGCGCGAGACAUUCAGGAGGCGCUGGAGGCGUGCCAGACCCGAAUUUCCAAGAUGGAGCUUCAGCAGCAGCAGCAGCAGGCUGUCCAGUUGGAGGGUCUGGAAAAUGCAACGGCCAGGACUCUGCUGGGCAAAUUGAUCAAUGUGCUCCUGGCCCUGAUGGCUGUCCUGCUGGUUUUCGUGUCCACCGUGGCCAACUGUGUGGUUCCGCUCAUGAAGACGCGUUCGCGCUCCUUCUGCACUCUCCUGCUUGUCAUCCUCAGUGCCUUCUUGUGGAGAAACUGGGAUGCACUCUCUGGUUACACACAGCGAGCCCUGCGACCCCCCGGAUGA